AUGGCGCAUCGGGGCCGGGUCGCCGUCGAUCACUCCUCCGAUCAUGAGGAAAGCGUCAACUUCCUCGACGACGACUGUGGCCGCAACGCGCUGCAGCUGGCGGCACGAGGCAGCACAAUCCUUGCGACCCUGCAGCGACUGGCCGCCCACAUACCGACUGAGUUUACGGCCCCGAGUGGGACACCGUACGCGAAGCUCAUCUUCGACUUCAGCUACUUCAAGCACCAGGAUCAGAUUGAAAAGACGAUCGCAGGCUCAACAGAGCUACUGAUUCUGGACAAGGAAUUCUAUGAUACGCACAUGGAGCUGCUGGAGAGGUUCAUGACGCUCUUUAGAGGCAUCUAUGGCUACGUAACCGAGCUGAACCGCUACGUACGCGAGAUCCAAGACGGUCAGCACGUGGCCCAAACGCUGGAUACAGUCCUGGAGUCCUUGGAUGGUCAGCAGCUCCUCUGCGAGCUGUAUCACCUCUACGGCGUGAUGCUGCUCCUGAUGGACCACAAAAUAGGCGGCCUGGUGCGAGAACGCAUCAUCGUGAGUUAUGUGCGGUACCGAGGUGCCGGAGAGGCACACACAGUGGAAGUGGCGGAGCUAUGUCGAGCCACAAGUCAGGGGGCAAGUGGGGGCGCAGCUAUAUCCGGAAGCCCCGCCAAGCGCGCGCCGGUGUCACCAGCGGCUGCCGGCUGUAGUGAUGGUCGCAGCCGCCACCACUCAAUCGACGUCUUUGAACGCAUUCCGGUGCAGAAGGGCGUUGUUGCGCGGCUGCUGGCGUGCAUCCGGUCAGACGACAUCUACCGCAUGUCCAGCCACUACCCGAACCCAGAGCACCGCAGCGCUGCCAUGGCCCCGCAAGGCGGUCUCGCGUUUGUUCUUCUUUUCUUCUGUGGUGAUGUGCUGGCGCAGCAGUUGCCGGUGAUGAAGGAAUUGGUCGAGAAGCACUUUGCCGACAACUGGGUCGUUCACUAUUACGGUGGGUACACAGCAGACUUAUCUGUUGCCUGGGCGGCGUUUCCAGCAGCACGUGCAGCCCUGUGCCGCACUCUUGAGACGCACAAUGUCACCUAUCACUUGCAACGUAUGUGUGGCGCGUUGGCACACAGCACCGAACGUGUGCAGACAGUGUUGGAGGAGGGGGUCCUGACAGAGAACUAUGUCCUGGACAAUGUGCACGCGUCGCUCUUGCCCAUCAUCACGGAAUCCAACGUGGUGCUGCGCUGGUUUGUGCUCCACGGGGUGUGCUCCGCUUCGGCGACAUCGCCACCGGCGUCUCCCGUUCACGGCGACUCCGAUCAAGAGAGCCUGCGCGCCGCCGCGUCGGCUGCUGGGCAAGCGGUGCGCGCCAGCUUUGAGACCGACGAGCUUCUGACUCUCCUGCUGGCAACGGCGCAGCUGGAGCACCACGUCCAGUCGCGCUUCGCCGUACUGCUGCGGGAGAAGACAGCGCGCUGGGCGAGUGCGAAGCGACAGGCGGUGUUGCGCAUGAAGAAGUUAUCGCACUUCUUCUCGGAGGACAACCUGCUCGACACGUCUGUGCACGACGUAGAGCUGGAGCGGUGGUUUGCGGAAGUCGGUGCUCGUAUCGCCAACCUGCACAUGAAGCGGCACAGCGCGAACACGACACGGCGCAAGCUGCAGCGGCUAGUGGCGGCGUUGGAGAACAUACAGGAGUUCGCCCAGGUGAACCAGCAGCUUCAGGUGCUGCAGUACGUCCGAGAGACGUGUGCUGACUUGCACCAGAUGCUGCACUAUAUGAAUGCUGAGCGCCGUGUGUUGGGUCGACUCGCUACCGUAACUGACUUCAGCUAUGCAUGGGAGCUGCUCUCCGCACGCGGAUACCUUGUUCGCGAGCUGCAGGGUCGCAUUCGGCAGCGGCCAGUUGUGGCGGCGCAGAUGCAAGCACUCUUCGUGAAGCUCUCGUCACUGCUUCACAUGCCGUGCAUUCGUAUUGAUCAAGGCAUCGCCGCCAGCGCAGCAAGUGUUCUGGGAGUCGAUGUGCGGCUCGAGCGUGCGCUGCAGUUCACCUCCACCUUUUACUCAGAGGAGGUGGUUUCGUUUCUACGAAGCGUUCUACAGGUGAUUCCGACUUCCAUCUUCGAGGUGCUGAACAAAGUCACGUACCUCCUCACGAACAGGUUGCGUGAGUGCCCAAGCAAGCUGCAGCGCGAUGAGUGGAAGCAGUGGAGCCAACUCGAGACGCGGGAGCAGCUCUGUGCGUACACGGCCGACAUAGCCCGUUAUGCAGCCGGACUGCUGGCAAUGGAAGAAACAACGGUGGGUGUCGUGCGCGUCAACCCGCAUCGACUCCUGGAGGACGGCAUACGCAAGGAGCUCGUUGAGCACAUCACGCGCGAGCUGCACUCCGGCAUCUGGUUUGACCGGUCCAAGCCGUCAUCGGUAGAGGAACUUGACAAAGAGCUGGUGCAGCUUGGGGCCCGGCUGCGUGGUGUGCGGAACUCCUUUGAGUAUAUCCAAGACUUUGUGAACGUGCAAGGGCUGAAAAUUUGGAUGGAGGAGUUUCAGCGCAUUGUCCGCUUCACCCUGCAGAUGGAGUGCAACGCGCUCUGCCCCAAGAAGGUGUAUCCGUGGAGCUCGCCCUAUCAAUCCGAGAGCAUUACGAUCCCAUACUUUGUGCCGGCGCAACCCAAGGAUGCGUACAGCUUUCUUGGUCACCUGACCCAGCACCUGUUGUACCUGACAGACCCCCGUGAGUCCAUCUACUUUCCCGCCUACGGUUCGUGGUUCACACGGCGCCGUUUGUGCGAGUGUGUGGGGCCGCGCUUGUUUUCCCGUGUCGCGGAUGCAGUGGACUGCACCGGGCUAGCCUGCCUCGACGAGCUUUUGAGCUUUAUUGCCACCAAAGACGUGCAGCUACUGAUCCAACGGCUUGCAGAGUCGGUGGUGUCGCUUGAGGAAGCCCAGCGUGGCGUCACACAAGACGUCUGGACGCGGUGCAUGCCUACCUCCGCGACUCCGGAGAAAGAGACCUUCUUGAAAGACUAUGAUAAGCUAGCCUCCAUGCUUGAGGCAUCGGCAGCUGCGCAGGAGACUGGCAUCAUUAUGAUGCGCGUCGGACGCAUCGCCGUGAUGCGCCAGCUGAUCGCCCACCAACUGCGCUCAGACAGCAAGCCAGCUCCGCACUGGUUGCGUGUGUGCAGGCCGUCAACACCGCCGUCGUCGCAACACUGGACAGCCAUCUUGCGAGGGAUCCGUUCGAGGCGAGGGCUGCCGGCGCCUCGCGACCGUGCGCAGAGGUGUCGGAGGGAUUGGUGUGCAGCACGGCGCCGCUGCUCAGCUCUGUCGGCCUCACAGAGCCGUUUGCAACGGUCUAUGAGGCAGUGGACGCAAGUGACGGUGUCUCGCUCAGUGGUGACAACACGACAAGCGGGUUUAACGCUGGUGCACCUUCACAUGCGCCUCCCGCCACUAGCAGCGGCGUGGCUCUCCCUGUGGCGGUGCCGACAAAGUUGCCACUGCCUCUUUUUGUGCUUCCGCUGUGUGUGAGUGCUGCUCAACGUCCAGCAGUGCACCUACAGCCCCCGCUUUGACAGCUGCAUUCCGGCGGGGAAGAACGCCGACGUAGACCCCACCGUGCUCGCUGUCGGCGUUGCGAGUCUGCUUCAGCAAUUCCCGCUAGAGGCGACACGCCUUCUCUUACAGCUACUCGCGCAGGUGAUGCGAGUCUCCAUCCUUGCUAGGGCCCCAGCCCCUGUGGGGAAGGACAAGGCGUCGGCGCCGCCGCUGGUGUGCCGCUGCGCCGACGCGCUAGCAGUGUGGAUGGAUGUACUCCAAGGCUACCUCCCGCGGUGUCCGGAGAUGGAACGGACGCACGUAGUCCCGCCCAGUGUACUCGAUCGCUUUGUGUAG